GACGGGGACGCGGUGACGGCUUAUAUACAGCAGCGCAGCAACAUGCGUUACACUUCACACUGAGAGAAAGUACGAGAAACACAUUGAGAGACACGAGAUAGACAUUCCGCCUACGCCCUUGAUAUUAUUUACUACAUACUUCAAUUAACGUUAUUUGAAAGCACUAGAAGUUUGACAGAUCAGCACGUCAAAAUGCGUUUGCUUUGCCUGUUCCUGCUGGUGACCGGCAGCGUGUUUGCCCAAGAGGAGGACAAGAAGGAUAGCGUUGGGACUGUGGUUGGAAUAGAUCUUGGGACAACCUACUCAUGUGUGGGUGUCUUCAAGAACGGUCGCGUUGAAAUCAUCGCCAAUGACCAAGGAAACCGCAUCACUCCAUCCUACGUGGCUUUCACCACUGAAGGCGAGCGUCUCAUUGGAGAUGCUGCGAAGAACCAGCUUACCUCCAAUCCCGAAAACACAGUCUUUGACGCCAAGCGGUUGAUCGGCCGUACGUGGGGCGACUCCGCUGUGCAGCAGGAUAUUAAGUACUUUCCCUUUAAGGUGAUCGAGAAGAAGAACAAACCUCACAUCCAGUUAGAUAUCGGAUCUGGCCAGAUGAAGACUUUUGCACCGGAGGAGAUCUCGGCUAUGGUUCUGACUAAGAUGAAGGAAACUGCAGAGGCUUAUCUGGGAAAGAAGGUCACACAUGCUGUGGUCACUGUGCCCGCUUACUUCAAUGAUGCCCAGCGCCAGGCCACCAAAGAUGCCGGUACCAUCGCAGGUUUGAACGUCAUGAGAAUCAUCAAUGAGCCAACUGCUGCCGCUAUUGCCUACGGCCUGGACAAAAAGGAUGGUGAGAAGAACAUCCUGGUGUUCGAUCUUGGCGGUGGCACCUUUGACGUGUCCCUCCUGACCAUUGACAAUGGUGUGUUUGAGGUGGUGGCCACCAACGGAGACACUCACCUCGGUGGUGAAGACUUCGAUCAGCGUGUCAUGGAGCACUUCAUCAAGCUGUACAAGAAGAAAACUGGAAAGGAUGUGCGCAAGGACAACCGCGCUGUGCAGAAGCUGCGUCGUGAGGUGGAGAAGGCCAAGAGAGCACUGUCUGCCCAGCACCAGGCCCGCAUCGAGAUCGAGUCCUUCUUCGAGGGUGAAGACUUCUCCGAGACCCUGACCCGUGCCAAGUUUGAGGAGCUCAACAUGGAUUUGUUCCGCUCCACCAUGAAACCAGUCCAGAAAGUUCUGGAAGAUUCUGACCUGAAGAAGUCUGACAUCGAUGAGAUCGUUUUGGUUGGUGGUUCCACUCGUAUCCCGAAGAUCCAGCAGUUGGUGAAAGAGUUCUUCAAUGGCAAGGAGCCAUCCAGAGGCAUCAACCCAGAUGAGGCCGUAGCUUACGGAGCUGCUGUACAGGCUGGAGUGCUCUCAGGAGAAGAGGAUACAGGUGACCUUGUGCUUCUGGAUGUGUGCCCCUUGACUUUGGGUAUCGAGACCGUUGGAGGAGUCAUGACAAAACUCAUCCCUAGGAACACCGUUGUCCCAACCAAAAAGUCACAGAUCUUCUCCACCGCCUCUGACAACCAGCCAACCGUGACCAUCAAAGUUUAUGAGGGUGAGCGUCCUCUGACAAAGGACAACCAUCUUUUGGGUACUUUUGACCUGACCGGUAUCCCUCCCGCACCUCGAGGUGUCCCUCAGAUCGAAGUCACCUUUGAGAUCGACGUGAACGGCAUCCUUCGAGUCACCGCUGAGGACAAGGGCACGGGCAACAAAAACAAGAUCACCAUCACCAAUGACCAGAACCGCCUGACGCCCGAAGACAUCGAGCGCAUGGUCAACGAGGCCGAGCGCUUCGCCGAUGAGGACAAGAAGCUCAAGGAGCGCAUCGACGCCCGUAACGAGUUGGAGAGCUACGCGUACUCUCUGAAGAACCAGAUCGGAGACAAGGAAAAGCUGGGCGGCAAGCUGUCAUCUGAAGAUAAGGAGGCUAUCGAGAAGGCGGUCGAGGAAAAGAUUGAGUGGUUGGAGUCCCACCAGGAAGCUGAUAUUGAAGAGUUUCAGUCCAAGAAGAAAGAACUCGAGGAGGUCGUUCAGCCAAUCGUGAGCAAGCUCUACGGCAGCGCGGGCGGCCCUCCGCCAGAAGAGGGCGACGAUCAGGGUGAAAAAGAUGAGUUGUAGAUUGUGAUCACAUCUUGACUUUUGUUUAAGAUCUCUUGAUGCCCUCGCCUCCCUAGAUAUGUGGCAUAGGUGUACAUACUGGACUUCAUGAACAUUUUUGUAAAAAUGUAGAUUGUGGGGAUAACCUUAAAGCCACGUAUCUCUUCUGGAAAGACUUGUGGAGCGUUAGAGUUGCUUCGUGUUUUUUUUUUUGUUUUGUUUCUUCACUCCGGUGGAGAUUUAGUCAGCCUGGUUUGAGGCUCUGCUGCUAUUCUCAGGCAGUUCAAAGGGGGUUCGGGGUGGGCUAGUUGGGGGUUUGGGGGGCCUGGGUAAAUGUCAUGUCACAUACAAAAAAAAGUUAUUUAUUUAAAAUCUGGCAACUGUAGAAGACAUUUCUACUACAAUAACAAAAUAAAUGUUUCAUACAAAAUGA